GGCCUCCGUCACCGUCUGGUCGCCGGCGUCCCUAGCAAGUCCCCGCGACUCACCGGCUCCACGCCGCACCUCACCCACGCUUCUAAGACUCCAGAAGUAGCUCAGACCGGAAGUUGCAGGAACCGGGAGGCGGGGCCUGUGGGCCUGUGACCUCUGACCCGCGCGCGUCUAGAACGCCACCGGAAGCCACGUCGAUUCCCUUCAACUUGGAAUUCCGCGGUCGCCUUGACGACGGCAGACGCUAUAGCUGCUCUGAAGUGCCAGCUGAAGCCCUACAGAGAAGGACGCUGGAGCACAGAGCAUGAGGAACUGGUGUCUGUGCCAGAUUUGCACCUGCGGGGACGCCUGAUCUCAUCAUUUCUGUGAGCUGUUUUUUCAAAAAGACAGAAAAGUUUAACAAGUGUAAACAGCCAUAACUGGCAGCAAAACUAUAAAGCAGAAGGAAGAAAAUUGUCUUUUAAGGAUUGCACAUGUUAGACUAGGAGGAUUUUGCUUUCUUUUAUAAUUUGUCUGUGCUGUUAUGUCUUAUAUUUAUCCACAGUCUUAGACGACAUCGUUGUCCACAUGGAAUCACAAGGGUUUAUGAACAUUCUGGCAUAUCUUGCCCCACGACGGAGUAUUUGGAAAAAUAUCCAAAAUAUGGUGAUGUUCUUCCACCUCAGAGUCUUAAACCAAAGCAAGGAUUUCAAGCAUACCGUGGUAAAAUGGAAGGAGUAACCACAUUUAAGUCAGAUUAUCGCCCUUAUGAAGUAGUCAAGCAGCCUCGCCACAUACCUGAAGAAUAUAAACCCAAACAGGGGAAAAUUGAUCUUGGUACUACCUACAAGCGAGAUUAUAAUCCUUACAAGGUACAGCCUGUGGUAAAAGUCCGGCCUGUGGAAAGACAACAACUUAAAAAAGGAAAGUUGGACACUAUCCCAACUUAUAAAGAUGAUUAUAGAUCUUGGGAUAUUCAGAAAUGUGAACUGUGUAAACCAGAGCAAGCUUACCAUCCCCCAGAUGUGAAAUUCGGAAACUCAACUACAUUUCAGGAUGACUAUGUUCCCCGAGAGAUAAAGCCCAGGCAAAGCUUUAAGCCCUGCUCUGUGGUCAAGUGUUCUGAAGGCCCUUUUAAUGGUGAUACAAGUCAUCGUCGAGAUUAUGUACCUCAUCAGCUAGAAGUCAAGUUUGCAAGGCCAAAAGAAGUUUAUAAGCCUACUGACCAGCCUUUUCAGGAUCUCACCACUCACCGGAGUGAUUUUCAGGGUCUUACAGGUGAAACUGCAAAAAUCUGCAGACCUGCCUAUACCAGAGUGACCCAAAACAUUCAGUUUAAAGGAAGCACUGAAUUCCGUGACAGUUUCCAACCAUGGGAAAUCCCACCACCCAAAGUCAAGGAAGUGGCAGAAUAUGUGCCUCCUUCAGGAAGUAUGCAGUUAAACAGCUCCAGCCACCUUGACUAUGUUCCCUAUCAGGCCAGUCGUGUAGUUGCCAUUAGGCCAGUUUCUCACAGAAGGCAAAGCAAUUUUCCUUUCCAAGGAAAAAGCACCAUGAAAGAAGAUUUUCCAGCAUGGGAAAGUUGUCGUCAAGGACUUAUUAAGCAGCAGCAACAAAUUCCCAACCCAUCUGGAAAAUUUGAGGGUUUGAGCACUUUCAGAUCUCACUUUGUACCACAUGAAUGGAUUCCAACGGAGAGCUGCAAACCUUUAAAUAAAGCUCUUAAGAGUUCAGUUCCACUUGAUGAUGUCACCAUGUAUUCUAUACAGUUCACACCAAAGAAACAGGAAAUCUGCCCAGCUAGCUAUCCUUCUCCUCCUGGUUAUAUAUUUGAAAAUACAAAUUCCCAAGGACAUAAAUUAUUUCGCAAGAUUAUUCCUUCAGUGAAGGCCUUUUAGUAAUCAAUAUUUAAAAGAAAGCUAAUGAGAGUUUGAUUUUUAAAGAGAAACCCCAACUUUUAUAGUAAAAAAAGUCAUGAGAGCUGUAGAAUUUCAUUUUUAGCUUUUUGAACAAGUUGGAACAUAAAGAUCAGAGUUGACAAAUCAAUUUUUUUGAACCAAGGUCAUCCUGUUUAGCACAGGCUACCCUGGAACUUGCAGUCCACCUGUGUCAGUCUUCUGAUCCAAGAUUGUUCUUUAACAGGCAUUUCUGAAGGCUAAAUGAUGGGCACACUCAUUUACACAUGCUGUCUCAUAGCUUGUCCUCAGCCUGGUGUCAUGUACACCUCAUUUUACACUCAUGCAAUUAUACAGCUCCUCUUAUCAUCAUUUAUCAAUUACAUUGGGACUAUCUAGAACAAACUUGAAGAUGAAAUAUAAAUUACUCUUCUCAAAAUUCCAGGUUUUACACAUUGACUGAUUCAUUCAUUCACCUUUAACACAUCUACAGAGCAUAGGACAAGUCAAGUCAAGUUUUGUUUGAUGAUGUCAGAGACUACUGCUCUGCUCCUUUCCCUGUUCAAAACAGCAAGAGACAUUGUGGCUUGAAGAGGAAAUAUCCAAUAGGAUGGGAAUCAGAGGACCAGAGUUCAAGUUCAGUUUAUAUUUGUGCCACUGUAAGCAAACUCUUACAUACACACUCCUGUGGUUCGUGUGUUAAAGAAUAUUGGUUUUGCCUACCUCACAAAAGUUUGUUGGGAGCAUCGAGUUGUAUAAUACAUUUGAAUGUAUAAAGUACAAAUGGAAGGGGCUAUUAACAAACCCUCAGAUAACUUUUUGUACUUUUUCAUUUUCAAAUAAGGAUAGUUACAAACUUAAUACCCAUUACUUGGUCUCCAUGCAGCAAGGAAUGUAAAAUAACCUAAUUUGCUUUGAUUUUAUGAGUAAUAUGUGUUUGUAAGAGGCAUCUGUCCACUAUAGCUUCAUACACACCCUAUAAGUUACAGCAUAAAAUAGAGAACCUAGAUUAAAUACUUGGAUGUAAAUGGCUAUGUUUUCAAAAGGAAAUAUAUUUGCUGAAAAAGUUGUAGGGAACUUCCAGUUCUGACAAAGUCUUUCAUCCAGUGGCCACAUCCAGAAACACUGUUCAUUUGUAAGAGCCAUAACUACCUUGCUCAUGGCUGAAAGUAUAAAGUGCAAAAAGGAAGGGGAAGAGAUACCAGUAAAGGACCUAGAAAUAGCAUACUAUAAUUAUAAAUGUUGACUGCUUCAAGAGAGUGUUUUAGUAAGUGAUCAUGUAAGAUCGACUUUAGUUUAAAAUGAAUUGUAAUAUUUUCAUAGUUGUUUAAGAAUAUUACUAAGUGAAUUCAAAACAUUUAAUAAUUAUUUUAAUUAAUUGAAAGUAAUUCUCCAUGUUUGAUUCAUUAUAAAAAGAUAAUAUAUGAAAAAUUAUGUUUUAUAUAUAAUCUGAUUAAUAAAAUAUUGAUUUUCAUGAAGCCA